AUGCAGAGGGUGAGUAUUUCGCAGCUUCUAAGGAAGCCGACUUGGGGGAGGCAUGUCUGCCCCCCAUCUUCGUCUCGCUCUCUCCACGUCUGCGUCGUUGGAAGCGGCCCCGCGGGCUUCUACACCACCGAGAAGGUGACGGGUGGAGCGUACUCGGUCUUCGUGUUUUAUGUUCUAUUCUCUACUUUGGUUCCCAAGAUCUGAAUGGUUGUCCUGAUGCUGCUUAUUCACUUUUGUGGCUCUUAGUAUCUUCCCUCGGUUGAUUGUUUGGCUUUCUCGCUAUUGAAAUUCUCUCAUUGCUCUGUUAUGUUUAUAGAGCCGAAAGAGUAUGUAUUUAGUUUUCUUCCAGAUGUUUUAGCUGCCAUAAGAAGGAAUCAAGAAGCAAGUAUCGAUGCUUUGCCAAAUUUCCCUAUUCGCAUGGUAUAAAGCAUCCACAUUAUCUUUCUUUGGUACAUUGAUCCUAAUGAAUAAAAAAAGUAAUGUAACUAAGUCAACGCUUUAGCAAUUAUCCAUAUCAGGGAAAGGCUAAAUGAAAUGUAUUAAUUGGCGAAAAAUAUUGAGAAAUAUUCUAUUCUUGCCAUCUACGGUGUUUCAGAGAGUGGAAUGACCAAUAUAGCCUUACAGAGUGCAGAUUGACAACUCAUGGUUAAAAUGAACUAUUUAGUAGCAGUCAACAGCAUUGGUAUGCUCACUUACUUGCUGUGCCAUGAAUUGCCCCUGCGGGCUACUAGAAGGACAUGAAAUUCGCAAUCUGUGGACUGGUGUCCUCAAUCUGAUGAACGAAGAAUAUCAGUGUUCAUGGCAUUUUUUGAAAUGACGUCUGAUGCCAUUGUAUGGAAAGCCAACAUCAGAAUAUAAAGAGAAAGUUGACGAUAUGAUAUUGGUCGUUUCUUCUUGUUAUUUAGAGAAAAGCCUUCAGAGGGUUGGUACAAUUUCCUGUGGAUGGUUCUUUGCCUUCUGAGAUGUUUCUGGUUUGGUGUAUGCAUGGAUGUCCUUAUGGCUCUUUUUAAUCUCUAGUGUCUUACCUUAUCCAGCCAUUUUUUCAUAUAUAAGACCACCAAAAAGCUGACAAAAGUCUCUUAUGUUUUGAAUUUCAUUUUAUUGAAAAUUUAUUACCUUAACUUUUAGUGAAAUUAACUUCAGGGUGCAUUCUCUUUCCUCUUUUCAUCUGAAUUUUUUGAAAAAGAUAUAUUUUGUGCAUUUUCCCUUUAGCCCUUCAAAUGGGUCCGAUUUUUCUUUUGAUUUAUCCGUCAGUUACUUCGGACGUGUCUACCCUACUGAUGUUCUUUCUGAGAUUUUAAACUGUAAAUCUAGUUUAAUUUUUUUUUUGAAUGCAAUUGAUUGUGAUGGCUUCUUCUCAGUUGGCCUUAAUGCACUGUUCCCUACAUUUGAUAUUGCUUAGUAAGUGGUUGUGCAUUCAGAACCUAUUGCAUAAAGAGUGUAUUUUUUGUUCGUCAUAUGCUGGGGAUUCGUAUUAAUGCUUCCUAUAUGCUGCCGAGAGUAAAACUUAGCAACUAUACUCCGCCAAUGAAUAUUUCAAUCUAGUGGGGUUCCCGGCUUUUGAUUCAUCAUGUUAUUAUUCAUGUUGUCAACUUUUAUCAGAUAUUGAAGUAUCAUAAUGGAGCUAAAAUCGACAUUGUUGAUCGAUUGCCCACACCAUUUGGAUUAGUUCGUUCAGGUGUGGCACCAGAUCACCCAGAAACAAAGGUGAUGAUUUAUUUUUUUCCCCGCUUAUGAUAAUUGUUGAAACUUUGUGACCUUCUCGUCAUCUUUAAGCAAGUUAUAAGUUCUCUCAUUAGAUUUUUUUUAGUCGAAUCCUCAUUUUUGAUAUGCUAGACCUUACUUAAAUCUUACUAUUUUUUCUGGCUUUUGAGCUGUCCUAUCCUCCAACACGUCCUCCACCCCCCUCCCGGGGAAAAUCUUAGUGAAAAAGAAAAACCGACUAUGGUUGUCAUUUCUUCUGCCUGUUAUGUAGGAAGGACUAGAUAAUGGUGCAUUGGGGGGUUGAUACUGUACAGAAAAUUGUACGAUAAAUUCAUAAAAGUUCUCAAUGAUGGUGAGAAUACUGUACGUUUUUUGCAAGUUAUUAAAAUGGGCAUGGAACAAUAUCAUGGGAUAGCGAAUAUCUAUAGGAAUACAUUCAGUCACUUAUUCAGCACCGCUUUGUGACAGAGCAUGCUGGGAUUUUGUUAGUUUUUAGGCAUUUAUAUGUACCUGACACUCAUCUUUUACUUAUUGUUUACUUAAACUUCUUGUAUACCUGAAAAGAUUUCCCUGUAAAUUAAGUAUUUUUGGUAAAUGAUUUGGAGCUUAUUGCCACCAGAAACUUGGCAACAGAUUGUGACCAACCAAUUUUCUCGCGUUGCUUCAAAUGAGAGGUGUUCAUUCUUUGGAAAUGUAUCACUCGGAAGGGACAUAUCUCUCUCCGAGAUACGUGAGAUCUAUGAUAUAGUGAGUCACAACGUCUUCUUUUGGUUUUAAAUCUCUUUAUUGCUAUCAUUUGGACUGACUUAUGCUUUGUAUGAAUAGGUUGUGCUUGCUUAUGGUGCCGAAAGUGACCGAAUCCUAAAUGUUCCUGGGGAAGUAUGUUUGAAAUCUCUCUGCCUCGCAAUUGGUUGUUGUAAAUUCACAGAUUGCUGAGUAUUAGAAUAUAUGAACGGUCCAAUAAGCUACCUGUAGACAGGUGGGCCCUGUUUGCAAGUUGAAAUUGUUUUCAUUAGAGCUUCUGCAUGUGUCAUUAAACCCUUUGACAACUUUCCCCUUCUACAUCAAGUUGUUUGCUGGUAUCUUAUUGUUUUUACUCGAAAAUUUUGUUUUUUCCCUUUUGAUAUGGAAAGCCUCUGUUAUGGUGUUUAGUUGAUAAUGUAUCUUACCUUUUAUAUAGAACUUGCUUGGGAUUCACUCUGCUAGAGAAUUCGUCUGGUGGUACAAUGGACAUCCUGACUGCAACAACAUGUCUCCCGACUUAGAGAACACAGAUACGGCUGUCAUUCUUGGUCAAGUAAGGCCUUUUAUUUAAAAAUUUUAUGCAUGCUCUUCGAUGCCGAACUAGGGAUAGAUUAUGCAUGUACAGCUACUUGUUCUCUUCCUACAUUAAUUCAAAUUCUACAUGCUAUUAUUCUUGAUCAUUUGAUUACAACAAGAGCAGCUUGGGAGGGCCAAAUCUCAUAGUUUUAAUGGGUCAUAACCUAGACAAAUUUCAUGGCGUGCUAGCACAUCUUUAGCCCUUUAUGUCACCUUAAGUUUCCUUAGUUCUCGCUAAUGGUUAGUAUAGUUAGUCGAUCCGUGCACUUCGUGUUUCGUCUCCUUUCUUUCAAUAAGAUUGAGACUUGAUCCUUGCAACAUUGGGAAUAUUUUGUGUUUUGGGGCAUGUUGAAAACGUCAUCUAUACUUUUCUGGAGAGAUUGCGAUCUUAUCUCUCAAAAGAUUCCUCCAUAUAAGGUUCAUGGUCUUCUGCAGUAUACUGCAAAUCGCUCAUAAUGGAAGUAACAUUGCAUAACGAAAUUUUUUCAUCUUUUUUGUACUUGACAUUGUUAUAUUGGGUUGAGCAUUUUGGACUGGAAAGAAGGCAUGCCAAGAAUAUUCAUCGACAGUUGAACUCACGGAUAGGAACAAAGAUAUUGCAUUUUAUUAUUCAUGAAGUUAAGUCUGUAUUGAUGAGAAGCUGCACUAGAUUUCAGGGUAAUGUAGCUCUUGAUGUCGCACGUAUACUUCUACGGCCAACGAGUGAAUUAGAGACAACAGAUAUAGCUGAUCAUGCAUUAGAGGCUCUUUAUAAGAGCUCUAUAAGGUUCGACUUAAUCUGAAGAUUCCACAGAGCUUAUUUAUAUAACUUGAUCCCGAGACUUUGGUAGUAUAUUAAUUCGACACCCACUCAGAUCUGAGUUCAGAUUUAAUAAAUGGCAACAGGAAGGUGUGCUUGGUUGGAAGACGUGGACCAGUGCAAGCAGCAUGCACUGCAAAAGAGCUGCGAGAAAUUCUCGGUAAAUUUCUUGCUAUCAUCGAUCUUUCUCAAAAAUGAGACGCAAACAACCCACAGUUUGCAAUUUUUUCUUUUCCUUACAUAUCAGAUAUGAGUGAAUUGGAAUAUGAGGAAAAGAAACCGAUGGGCCUUCUUUUUGCAGGUACUAAAGACUUGAGCAUUCACAUUAAGGAAUGUGAUCUAUCUAGUUCCUCUGCUGACGAGGUAUUUCCUCUCCGAGUUCCUAUAUCUGGAACCAUCCACUGCAUCCUAGAAUAAUAAAAGAUGAAACAUAUGUUUAUCCUAAUAUCUAUUGUAAGUAUGAAAUCAUUCUGUCAAGCUGUUUUUUUUUUUUAGAUAUUCAGUACAGAAAUAUUGAAAUAGCUUUCUCACGAAACCAUUGUAAGCAACUGUUAGCAUGUGCUGCCCUCAGUCUUUUGUGGGGAAGUUACUCUGUCAAAAUCUGGCAUUUCUAUUCGUUACCCUCUUUUAGCCAUAUGUCUGUUGAAGUAGAAUUCCCUGUCUUCGAGCUUUUGAGCCCACAUAUGUACAUUGUGUUCCAUCUUUUGCAGGAAGAGUUAAAAAAUAGUAGAAUACAGAGGCGGGUUUAUGAAUUGUUCUCCAAGGCAUCUGCAUCCCGCCAUCCUCAUUCCAUUUCUGGCCAGAAAGAACUUCAUUUUGUUUUCUUCAGGAGGCCUGACAGAUUCUUGCCUUCCUUGUACAACAGCAAAGUCAGAGGCGUCUCCAUCGAGAAAACCAGCUUGGCAGGUACACUGUAGAAGAAAAUACGGUUUCAUUGCAUAAUCUUUUCUUAUGGACGCUUUACGGUUUCAGAAGAAACAAGAGAAAUAUCACUCUAAAGUGGGCAAUGCAUUUCCUUUAUAAUCUGCUGUUCUGAAGUUUUUUUCUCUUAAGAGUUUCCAUUCUUGUUUCAUUCUUCUCUUAAGACUAUUCCGGCUCCAACUCAUCAUCAACAUUCUGUUCUGUAGAGGAUGUUGGUAGUGGGAAACGGUAUGCAGUAGGUACUGGUCAAUUCGAAGAUCUUGAUGCCGGGUAUUUUCCUUCAUUCAUUUUGAGGAACCUACAAUACAUAUAUACAUAUAUAUAUAUAUAUAUAUAUAUAUAUUUGUUGCUGAAAUGUGUCUGCUUGUGGUUAGGCUGGUACUGAAAAGCAUUGGCUACAAAUCAGUGUCGGUGCCGGGGUUGACUUUUGAUGAACAAAGAGGUUCGUGAUGAAGUUCUUGGUUUGCUUUCAGAUGUCCAUCUUUGGAGAACUUUCCUACAGUCACGAAUGAAUCAUUUCCAGGAUGAUUUCCAUAGAAACCAUUCCUGAAACCAAUCAUAUCAUUCUUCUCUCACACUAAUCAUCAGAUAUUCCCUCUGGCUUCUGCAGGUGUGGUUCCUAAUCUCAAGGGGAGGGUUCUGAAGAACAAUUCGAGCCACCCCAUUUUGGAGGAUGGCCUGUAUGUUGCAGGAUGGCUGAAAAGGGGGCCCACAGGGAUCAUCGCCACCAAUCUCUACUGUGCAGAAGAAACUGUGAGUCAGCAUAUUCCUCAACCAUCUCCGUCUACCUUAUCUCCGCCCAGUUUUAGUUAUAUCAUCAGUGAUUGAUAGCCAUAUUGAUUAUGGGUGAUCACCAUUGGAGGAAUUUAUGUCAAAAAUUGCGUCUUUUCACUAGGGAUCAUCAUCAUUUUCACAUGGGUCGCAUGGAUUUUUCACUGCCUUAAAACCCUUUUGGUCAGGUUGGGAGUAUUCUAGAAGACCUGGAGAAGGGCGCAGUGAGACCAAACAGGCAUGGAAGACCAGGCCUCGUCCAAGCACUGGAGGGCAGAGGCAUCCAGUAUGUGACCUUGAGCGGCUGGGAGAGGAUAGACCUCAGGGAGAAGGCUGAGGGCAACCUCAGGAACCGACCCAGAACGAAGAUCACAGACUGGGCCGAGCUGUUGAGGGUUGCCAACGGAUGA